GUGGUCACUGUAUUGCUAUGUGUCUACAUGGCGAGUUAAUAACGAAACAAUUUAUGAUUCGAGCGUUAACAUUUGUCAUUUUAUUUUUCGUUUAGUUAAUAAAGGUUUUUGUUUACCAGGGCAUCUUUCCAUACCAGUUAUAUAUAAGUCCGAAUUUGUUGGAGACUAGUCGCAUUUUAAAAUGUGUGGUUAGUCUGCUGAACAGAUAGUUACAGCUUACGUCAAAACAUGGCAGUAGUUGGUGACGACUUGUCUGAAAUAGUCUGGAGUAUUUAGGAACGUUUUCUUUUUUUGAGGGAUGAAAAUGUCGCUGAGAGAGUUGAAGGUGUGCUUGCUUGGGGACACUGGGGUUGGAAAGUCAAGUAUUGUGUGCAGAUUUGUAGAGGACAGCUUUGAUCCGAACAUUAAUCCUACAAUUGGUGCGUCAUUUAUGACGAAGACAGUACAGUACCAAAAUGAGCUCCAUAAGUUUCUUAUUUGGGACACAGCAGGACAAGAAAGG